AUGGUCUGUGGGAACUCCACCACCACCAGCAUGUGCGCUGGUCGAAGACCUGCAGGAGCAGCUAAAGAUGUAAUGGAAGAAUCAGUAACAGAAGAUGACAAGAAGAGAAACUAUGGAGGGAUAUAUGUUGGCCUACCACGUGAAGCUGUCAAUAUGGUGAGCAGCCAAACAAAGACUAUAUGA